AAGCUUAGAGGGGAACCAGAACCACAGCAGGCUGGUGGGCAUGUCCCCGAUGGACCCUGUGGACACAGCCUGCACUCCUAACAAGGAGGAACAGAAAGAGGGAGGUGGGAAGUUUAAGAAUAACCAGCCCUGAGCAGAGCACAGAAGGAGGUGGAGACUGAAGGGGCUGGGCUUCUCUGCAGCCUGCCAGAUCUCUCUCAGAAAGAGGGCUGGGGAAAAGGGGACACAGCGACUUUCAGGACAGCUGAGCUUCAACCUGCCUGGUACUGACUACAUCUGAGAUCCUUCAGUAUGGUGGACACCAACAGCAGUGAGUCCAGUGCCACGUAUUUCAUCCUAAUAGGCCUCCCAGGAUUAGAAGAGGCUCAGUUCUGGUUGGCUUUCCCAUUGUGCUCCCUCUACCUUAUUGCUGUGCUAGGUAACUUGACAAUCAUCUACAUUGUGAGGACAGAGCACAGCCUCCAUGAGCCCAUGUAUAUCUUUCUUUGCAUGCUUUCUGGCCUAGACAUCCUCAUUUCCACCUCAUCUAUGCCGAAAAUGAUGGCCAUUUUCUGGUUCAAUUCCACUACCAUCCAAUUUGAUGCUUGUCUGGUACAGAUGUUUGCUAUCCAUUCCUUAUCUGGCAUGGAGUCCACAGUGCUGCUGGCCAUGGCCUUUGAUCGCUAUGUGGCUAUCUGCCAUCCUCUACGUCAUUCUACUGUGCUUACAUUACCUCGUGUUGCCAAGAUUGGCAUGGCUGCUGUGGUCAGGGGUGCUGCACUAAUGGCACCCUUACCUGUCUUCAUCAAAAGGCUGCCUUUCUGUCGUUCCAAUAUCCUUUCCCAUUCCUACUGCCUACACCAAGAUGUCAUGAAGCUGGCCUGUGCUGACAUCCGUGUUAAUGUCAUCUACGGUCUUAUCGUCAUCAUCUCUGCCAUUGGCUUGGACUCACUUCUCAUCUCUUUCUCAUAUUUGCUCAUCCUUAAGACGGUGUUGGGCUUGACACGUGAAGCCCAGGCAAAAGCAUUUGGCACUUGUGUCUCUCAUGUGUGCGCUGUUUUUAUAUUCUAUGUGCCGUUCAUUGGACUGUCAAUGGUGCACCGUUUUAGCAAGAGGCGUGACUCUCUCCUUCCUGUCAUUAUGGCUAACAUCUAUCUGCUCAUCCCUCCUGUGCUCAACCCCAUUGUCUAUGGAGUGAAGACAAAGGAGAUCCGGCAACGCAUCCUACGUCUUUUUCUCAUAACCACACACACUUCAGAUCACUAGGAAUCUGUGAUGACACCUCCCUCCAUUCAACGUUCUCUAAUUCAUAAUUUAUUAUCAGCAUCUUGGAAGACAGUAUUAAGAAAACAAAUCUUUCUUAAUCAAAAUACAGCCCAGAGCUUUCAAAGAUGAAACAGGCUGUGGAAUUUCCAUGGGAAUGGAAUAAAACCAGAAAUCUCCAUUUUCAAACAUCAGAUUCCAUUUUGGUUUUUCUCUGUAUGAUUAUUAAGACCAAUACUUGUGUUUUGAAGGUUAUUACCUCCCGUUUUAUCACUACUUCCAAAUCUCAAUUCAUUUUACCGAUGAUGGUUCAUAGCAUCCAGAGAUGGAGAAACAUAUCCAAAAUGUUCAUCAAAGGCAUGAAAAAAGGAAAAUAAAAUCAAAAUUCUGAUUUCCUCAUGAGAAUUCACAAUGACUUUGGAUUUCUAAAAAGUUAUAGCUGGCUUUCUUCUUCAGAACAAUUUCUAAAGAAAUCAAUGUUAUUCUUCUGGGUCCCAGGCCAGAAAAAAAGUACAUUUGCCUACAUUAUGAAGCAAUACACUUUGUUAUGACAAUUGUCACAGCCAUGAAGACAUUUUUACCUAUUUAUUUGUGACCUGAUUGCACCAAUGGGGAAAGUGGUAUUUCCUGGCAACCAGUGACUUACAUAUAAUCACGGAAGCUCAAAAGGAGAAAAAAAAUGAAGUUUUCAUGUCUAAUCCUAUGUUAUGCAGAAGAACUAUUAUGAAGAAGACAGACUUGCGGGGUACUGAGUUGGUAGUCUCCAGCAUCUCACACUGUUUUUGGAGGAGGCUUUUGGUUCUUUACUUUCACUUACCCAGUGCUGCUUUGAGGAACUUCCUAUCAAUAGAACCCAUGGCUUUAAUCAUGCCAGUAGACAUUGCUCUGCAUCCUAGCCCGAUUACCACUUUGCCUGUAUAAUGCAAACAGGACUGUUCCCGAAUGGGUUUAUUUGAGAAACAGUGUGAUUAGGUGCAGAUUCCCUGGGUGUCUGAGGGAUGCUUUAGAAGCAGUUGAGAAUAUCCAUCAGCUUGUGGUAUAAAAAGAGAAGGGAUAGCCACCACAGAGUAGAGUCAAGAGCAAGAGACAUGAGACAGAGUAGAGUCAUUAGCCCAUGUGGCUAACCAGGAAUUAAGACUGGGGGAAAGGUGGGUCUAUAGAAAAUGAGGAGCACAUACAUAAGCAAACGCCACAGACACCCAGGGCAUUCUUAUCUUAUUUUUUCUUUUUUUUUUUUUGAGACAGGAUUUCUCUGUAGCUUUGGAGCCUGUCCUGGAACUCGCUCUGUAGACUAGGCUAGCAUUGAACUCACAGAGAUCUGCCUGCUUCUGCCUCCCAAGCACUGGAAUUAAAGGCAUGGUGCCACUACUGCCCAGCAGGACACCCAGGGAUUUAACAUGUGUUGCAACAAGGGAAAUAAGGACUGCAUUCCUUCUAACUGUACAUACCAUGGGUAUAGCCUUGAGGCCUACCUAAGAAUCCUUCAAGAGUAUUUUCAGGAGUUAGCUGGCCACUAUAGGAAAGGAAUUGGAAUAAACUGAUCAAAGAUUGGGAUCACUACCUACAGAAAGGCCACAGUCAGAUCCUGUGUGUAGUUGGUGAAUAUGAGAGGCAAGCAGGGUAGUGUGGGCAGGGUAGGAUUUCCUGGCAAAGGCUAACAGCACAGAGACCCAUUUGCACUUCCAAUUUCUUGGACUAUAUGUCAGAAUAUAAGAAUUGUGUAUAUGAUAAAAUUGACUAGGCCAAGGUGAGGGAUGGCCAAAGGAAGUAGCACGAAAUGUAUCCAAUGCAAGGUUUGCCACUUUGAACUGAGAGGAGGAGGGUACAUAAUCAUCCAUUGCCCAGAAGUGCCCUGACUUUACAGUUGAGAAAAAGGCAAUGAAAAGGAUUAGAAAGACAUGAUUUCCUUACUUGCAAAGUGAAAUGUAAUCACUGAAAACAAAAAUCACAGACAUCCUGAAAAUAUAAGAGAAUUAAAAUGCAAUAAAGAAUCUUUAAUCUGUUA